UUUAUCAUUUCCAGAUCGUAAUCGGAAUCUCUCUCUUCUUCUUCUCUCCGGAUGGCCAGCUCCGCCGUCGUCUCGGGUGCCAGAUCGAUGCUUCGAGCCGCUUCCUCCCGUGGCCGCUUUGCCUCUCAGGCGAAAUCCGUUCCUCCCAUGUUUAGAGCCACCGCUAGAAGAAGCAGCUCACUGCUUUCACCUCUCCGAAAUCCUGUGGAAAUGAGCUUCUGUAUGGAGUCAAUGUUACCGUACCACACUGCCACAGCUUCUGCGCUUAUGACUUCAAUGCUUUCUCUCUCUACACAUACCUACGCCUGGCUCUCUCACGCUUGCAUAGAGGACUUUUGAUGAUGUCUACAAGUUAGACCCAAUGCGACUCCGAGAUGGUUUUAAGAGAGCUUAGACCCAAAAAAAAAGAAUAGCUGUUGUACUUCUUCCCAAACACAAAUGAUCUCUUUCUCUCGAGUUUUUUCAUGUUAAAAAUCAACUCUCUAUAAUCUCUGUUACAUCAACACACAACACAUUGCAUCUCUGUUAUUAAAGUAGAUCACCAUAUUUUCCUUCA